AUGAUGGAGGAUAAUCAAAUAAAAUGUAAAAACAUCGUAUCAAUGUACACUAUUCGUAUGUAUAUAAAUGGUUUUAUAAUUGGAUAUGUUUUUCGACAUGAAAUAUACAAAAAAUUCUUUUUGCAUAAAAAUGAUAAUCUUCUUUUUCAUUAUAUAAAAAAAUGGUUUUACACAAAAACGCAUAGUAAAAAUUCUAACAAUACAAUUCUUUUAUAUUCCCAAAAUUUAUGUCAUCACAGAAAAAUAUGUUCAACGAAUAAAUUAAACUAUUACAGCAAUUGUAAAAAUAAUAAAUUUGCUUAUAAGUUGUUUCCCUUCCCGAAUUUAUCUAACUUAAAGAAAAACAUACAGAUAUCAAAUUUCCUCGCUUCUAGACUUGCGUUAUGGACAUGCUUCUGCACCUUAACAUGCUGGGAACUGAAUACAGUGUUUGAGAGUAACAUAAUUUCUCCCAUAUUUUCUGGCCUUGUAGCUUCCUCAUUUAACAAGAUAAUUUUCAGGGAGUAUCAAAAGGUUCUCAUUCCCAGUUGGCUAGGUUGCGUCUUAAGCUAUAUUAUUUUUAUUUAA